CGCGCGAAGGUCUGCGCGUGGCGGCUCGCGGCUGGCGGAGACCCUCGGCCUGCUCGCGGACGCGGUGCCCGGGAAGCGCGAAGCCGGCUCCGGGCGGCGGCGGCGCGCGCUGUAGGGACUUGUAGUCCGCGUGCCUCCCGGGCACCUCCCCCGGUAGGCUGGCCCGCGUGUCCCCGCCCGCCGCAGGCCGACUUCCUGCCGCUGCCCAAACUACACCUCCCGCCGUCCUCUCUGCUGUCGGGCCGAAAGCGAAAACAAAUUCUGGGCUGCGAGGGUGCUGCCCUCCGCCGGCGCCCCCCGCACCCCGCCCCUCCGGCGCCCUCCUGCGAGGUGGGGAAACGAAAGGCUGCGGCUUUCUCUUUGGGCUUCCUCGGCUCCCGAGCUGGGGAGCGCGCGGGGGACGCAGGCCGCGCUCACCUGAGUCGGCCCCGCGCGCGCGGCGGAGGUUUCCUCGCCUCCCCCCUCGUCUGGACGAGGAAACUUGUGGGGGCGGCGACCCCCGGCCCAGUUCCUGAGCCGGGCGGCGAGGCCACGGGGAAGUGACUGCUCACGCGCCGGGUUUCUUUGAUUUUCCCCCCGUUGCCCUGGGCGCGUGGUCCCCCGGGAGGCGGCCGCGUGCGCACGGCCAUGCAUUAGGCAGGGCUCCCCUAUGCGCGCGGAGAGCGCCGACCGCCGCCUCGGGCCGCUGCUGCCGCCGCCUGCCGCCGCCCGCCGAGCCCGAGCCCGAGCCCGAGCCCGAGCCGCCGCCCGCCCUAGGCCGGGGCGUCGAGGAGCCGGCGGCGCGGCCAUGUGGGGCUAGCCCGCGCCGCGCCUGGCCUGCAGCAGGAGCGGCAACAUGGAGGCGGCCGUCGGCGCCUCCGACGGCGGGGAGCAGGGCGGCGCGGGGCCCCGCGAGGACGCGACGCCCAUGGAUGCCUAUCUGCGGAAGCUGGGCUUGUAUCGGAAACUGGUCGCCAAGGACGGGUCGUGUCUGUUCCGGGCCGUGGCGGAGCAGGUCUUGCACUCUCAGUCUCGCCAUGUUGAAGUCAGAAUGGCCUGUAUUCACUAUCUUCGAGAGAACAGAGAGAAAUUUGAAGCGUUUAUAGAAGGGUCAUUUGAAGAGUAUUUAAAACGUUUGGAAAAUCCACAGGAAUGGGUUGGACAAGUGGAAAUAAGUGCCCUUUCUCUUAUGUACAGGAAAGAUUUUAUAAUUUAUCGAGAACCAAAUGUUUCUCCUUCACAAGUAACUGAAAAUAAUUUUCCUGAAAAGGUAUUACUGUGUUUUUCAAAUGGAAAUCAUUAUGAUAUUGUCUAUCCCAUAAAGUAUAAAGAGAGCUCUGCCAUGUGUCAGUCUCUCCUUUAUGAAUUGCUCUAUGAGAAGGUAUUUAAAACUGAUGUUAGUAAAAUCUUGAUGGGACUAGACACCUCCGAAGUAGCUGAUGAAAACAACAGUGAAAUAUCAGAUUCAGAGGAUGAUAGUUGCAAGAGUGAAGCUGCCGCUGCUAAUGAUGUGAAUGGGUUGAAAGCUUUGUCGAGUGAUCAGCACCUGAAAAACAAUGGGAACUCUCCUAACCUGCGUUUGUCUAGAAAGGUUCUUAAGUCACUCAAUCCAGCAGUCUAUAGAAAUGUGGAGUAUGAAAUUUGGCUGAAGUCUAAACAAGCUCAACAGAAACGUGACUAUUCCAUUGCUGCUGGCUUACAGUAUGAAGUUGGAGAUAAAUGCCAAGUUAGGUUGGAUCACAAUGGAAAAUUUUCUAAUGUAGACUUUCAAGGUGUUCACUCUGAGAACGGACCAGUUUUGGUCGAAGAACUUGGAAAGAAACACUCACCGAAGAAUCUCAAACCACCUCCCUUAGAAAGCUGGAACACAGUGUCAGGGAAGAAGAUGAAAAAACCUUCUACUUCCGGACAAAACUUCCAUCCUGACAUGGAUUACAGAGGGCCAAAGAAUCCAGGCAAGCCAGUAAAAGCCCCCUCAGCACUACCUCCUCGGCUGCAGCAGCCCUCAGGAGUGAGACAGCAUGGCUUCUCCACUCAUCCUGCAGGGUCUCCGUCUCAGAAACCCUCCAGUGAGCACAAAAAUCUUAGCAGGACACCCUCACAGAUCAUAAGAAAACCUGAUCGUGAGAGAGCUGAGGAUUCUGAUCACGCGAGUCGAGAAUCGAACUAUUUUGGCCUCUCCCCAGAAGAGCGCAGAGAGAAGCAAGCUAUAGAAGAAUCUCGUUUACUCUAUGAGAUUCAGAACAGAGAUGAACAGGCUUUCCCAGCCCUUUCCAGCUCAUCAGUUAGUCAGUCAGCUUCUCAGAGCAGCAACCCAUGCGUCCAGAGAAAAUCAUCACAUGUGGGUGACAGAAAAGGAAGCAGGCGGAGAGGGGAUCCCGAAGAACGAAAAGAUAAAGACUCUAUCCAUGGGCAUGUUCACUUGGAUAAAAAACCCGAGCCAAGCACAUUGGAGAAUAUUAGUGAUGAUAAAUGUGCAAGAGUUUCAUCACCGUCAAAGUCAAAGAAAUUGGAGUGCCCACCUCCUGCAGAACAAAAGCCAGCAGAACACGUGUCUUUGUCAAAUCCAGCUCCCCUUCUAGUUUCUCCAGAGGUACAUCUAACUCCUGCGGUGCCUUCUUUACCAGCCACUGUGCCAGCCUGGCCAAGUGAACCUACAACUUUUGGACCAACAGGUGUUCCUGCUCAAAUUCCUGUUUUGUCUGUGACACAGACUCUGACCACUGGACCCGAUUCUGCUGUGUCCCAAGCUCAUUUAACACCCUCUCCAGUUCCUGUGUCAAUACAGGCAGUUAACCAGCCCAUGAUGCCUUUGCCUCAGACAAUGAGCCUUUACCAAGACCCACUCUAUCCUGGGUUUCCUUAUAAUGAAAAGGGAGAUCGAGCCAUUGCACCACCUUAUUCACUGUGUCACACUGGGGAGGACCUGCCUAAAGAUAAGAACAUUCUUCGAUUCUUCUUCAAUCUUGGUGUAAAGGCAUAUAGUUGUCCCAUGUGGGCCCCGCACUCUUACCUGUACCCUUUGCACCAGGCCUAUCUGGCAGCCUGCAGGAUGUACCCAAAGGUCCCUGUCCCUGUGUAUCCUCAAAACCCUUGGUUCCAAGAAGCUCCUUCUGCUCAGAAUGAAAGUGAUUGUACCUGUACCGAUGCACACUUUCCUAUGCAGACUGAGGCCAGUGUUAAUGGUCAGAUGCCACAGGCAGAGAUUGGACCACCAACAUUUUCUUCACCUCUGGUUAUCCCUCCAUCUCAGGUGUCUGAAAGUCAUGGACAGUUGUCUUACCAGGCUGAUCUUGAAUCUGAAAACUCUGGACAGCUUCUUCAUGCUGAAUAUGAAGAGUCACUAAGUGGCAAGAAUAUGUUCCCACAGCCGUCCUUUGGACCCAAUCCAUUCUUAGGCCCAGUUCCCAUUGCACCUCCUUUCUUUCCUCAUGUUUGGUAUGGGUACCCUUUUCAGGGAUUUGUAGAAAAUCCAGUAAUGAGGCAGAAUAUUGUUUUGCCUUCUGAUGAGAAAGGAGAAUUGGAUCUGCCCCUGGAAAAUUUGGAUCUGUCUAAAGAAUGUGGUUCAGGUGCAGCAGUAGAGGAGUUUCAGGAGGCCAGAGGUGAAGGCACACAUUGUCUCCCUGAAGCCAGUGUGAGUAAGCAUGAAGGCCGGGUGGAGCAGUCGUCCCAGACACCUAAGGCAGAUCUGGCAUUGGCUUCCGUCCCUCCUGUAGCAGAGGGAAAGGCUCCUCUUCCCACUCAGAUUCUGAACAGAGAGAGAGAAACUGUGCCUGUUGAACUUGAGCCUAAAAGGACCAUUCCAAGUCUGAAAGAAAAACCAGAAAAAGUGAAAGAUCCUAAGACUGCUGCUGACGUGGUCAGUGGGGCCAACUCUGUGGAUAGCAGAGUGCAAAGACCAAAAGAAGAGAGUUCAGAAGACGAAAGUGAAGUGUCUAAUAUUCUGAGAAGUGGUAGAUCCAAGCAGUUCUAUAAUCAGACUUAUGGAGGCAGGAAGUACAAAAGCGAUUGGGGCUAUUCUGGUAGGGGAGGAUAUCAACACGCGAGAGGUGAGGAGUCCUGGAAAGGGCAGCCAAGCAGAAACCGAGACGAAGGUUAUCAGUACCAUCGCAAUGUCAGAGGACGGCCGUAUAGGGGGGACAGGAGAAGAUCAGGGAUGGGAGACGGCCAUCGGGGACAACACGCUUGAUGGUUGUUGCUGCGGGAUUUUAGAGCAGAAACCCUUUCUUAGGUGGAAUGUUUCUGAAGGCUUUAAAAAAAUACAUUAAAAUAAAAACCCAAAUUGGAACGCUCUCCUCCCCUCCCCCUUUACCCUCACUCCCAUCUUGGACAACAGAUUUUGGAUAUGCAUUCAAGGGGGCAGGUGAAUUCCUGGCAUUGCCAUUUUUCUUUGUUCAAAAUCUGUUUAUUGGGUGACUGCUCCCAUAAAAAGUAGAAAAUGUUUGUUAAAGUAUUUUUUAUAAACAGCUUAAUAUAAAACAUUAUAGAUUUAGCGUUUGGUUUUUUUCCUCAUAUAAGUUUAAUUUCAAAUGUUGGAAAUGUGUGCUUUAUAGUGUUUACUAAAGUGACAAGAAAAUAUACCAUUUGACACACUAUAGAUUCCAAAACAUAACAUUGCACCAAAUAGAAAUGUAUAUUUUAUUAUGCAAUGCCUUAGUCAUAAACUGGGCUCAAACAAUUCUUAGCCUAAAACACUGUUGUCUUUUGAAAUGCUUCCAACCCAAAGGCCUUUCAUCUCAGUAUCUGUCAAACUUGAAUAAUGUCUUCUCUUUAAUAUUACACAUAAGGCAGCCUAUUAACCUGUGUCUUAGAAAUGUUGUAUAUAGUUCUUUUAAUAUUCAUAGGGUAUAUUUUUGAAUUUUGGUGAGUAUUUGUUGAACUUGAGAUCGCGUACAAGAACAGAUGUUUAAGAAAUAAUAGGAAAUCUAAUGAAAUGGCUGUUUCCACCAAGAAUUCUUAGCACUGGUGUAAAUAUCAUGGUGCCUACUCGAAAGAAAUGUAGAUGCUAUGCAUUUUGAAAAUAAUCUGCAUCUGUUAAAACUGCAGAAAUUUUUUAAUGCCACUUUAACACUAAUGCACUGACAGAUUUAAAUAUUUUGUGAGAAGAAAUGUUAAAUUUUUAGCUUGACAGGUUUCUAUAGAGUUACUGUGUUUUGUUUUUCUCUUUGCACCAUUAGUUAUGUAUAUCACUUUACAUUUGCAUGUUCAAUUUGUCACGGCUGGAACUAUUGUACAAAAAAGGAUGAUUGUGACUUCUAGUUCUUUUCUAGAGGAUGCUGCUAGAAAAUGGUUUUGCUUUGCAUUUUUAUAGCUUGUCAACCCUUUGGUAACAUGUCUCUGAUCCUGCUUCCUUCCAGUCUUUGCAGUAUUCACUAGAAGUUCCCUUUGCAUGUUGCACUCUGUUCUCAUUUGGAGAUUUGACUCUGAAUUAACACAGUAUUCAUUUAUCUGUGUUACUGUGUAAAAAUAACUGUAGCUUAUAUUUCUUAUUUGUACAUACCAAUGUGAAAAUCUACCCUUUUUUAUGUUCUCUUUUGAUCAGGAAGUUUGAGUGCUAUGCAAAUAACGUAGUAAUUUCUCUUUGCAUGCCACGUGUAAUAUACCUAGCCAAAAAUAGUUUUGUUUUUUUUUUUUAAAGCAAAUUACUUUAAAAGCAAAUACAAUUCACUUGAAUUUGACAAACUGAAGCAGAUGAGUUUUCUGGGUUCUCUGAUAACCCGCAGGAAUGUUGGGAUGCCAGCUAGGCUCAGUGAAUCUCCACUGUACUGUAAUAAUGGUUAUUUACCUCUGUGGUUUUAAUUACCUAAUGUCUGUGUAACUGCUGAUUUGAGUAGUGAUUAGCAUUUAGAUGUUUUGUAACAUAGGAUUUUAGACAGCACUUUGAAAGAUAACAUUUUAUUAUGAUGGUGCUAGGUAAAAAUUUGUAAAGACUGGGAUGGUUGUGUGGAAAAAAAUUCUUGAGAGAACCUGUUGAAAGGAACUUCUGUUGUCACCUUCUAAAGCUAGAACAAUUGAGGAAGGUAUACUCCUUAAGCCAUUUUUUUCUUAGUUAACAUCAACAGUUGUUAUGAAAUGAAGAUUAGAGGGUCCUCCACUUUCAGCUAAUGCUUUAUUAUUAGCCUAACCUGAGAAUUUUUAUGAAAAUCACAUUUACAUACAAUGACUAGAUUUAAGAGUUCAAUAGUGUGAUCUCAGGAGUCCAAAAGAAAUUGCUAUUUCUAGUGUCCUUUGUUUUAUUGACUGGGAUUUGAUUGUCUCAGUUUCUUCUGGAAAUGUUUAAAAAUUGGAUAGGAAAGAAUACUGCUCAUUUCUUCACUGUCACUCUGUCUUACCUCAAUUGAGUAACAGAAUACUCUAUAGUUCCUGAAGGAAAUACUGAUUUCUUUCCUGUUUCCCAUAACUUACCUCCAGGACAUGAUGGAAACAGUGCUGAAAGAGAAGUUUAGGAGAUGGUACUUUACUCAGUGACCUCUGGAAUAAAAGAACUCUGACUUUUGUUAAUUAGUUUUAAAAUUAUCAGUCUUUGUAUGAAGGUCAGUUUUGUUUUUCUCCUUUAGGUUUGUUUGUAUUAGCCCAGGGGAUUUUGCCUUAUGCUGAGGUCAAACUAGGGCCAAGCAAGCUUUUGUCGUCCUCCAUUUUAACUGAAUCAGAGGUAUGUUGACAUGAACUAUAAUGUUUCUAUAUAAGAGAAAAACAAAAGCUUAGAAGUGAGAAUCAUUUGUAUUUUGAGUUGGAAAUUAUGGAACUUGACUGUAUUAUGAUCUUACACAUUUUGAAGAACAAAUGUUUAGAAUGACCAAAGCUCACCUUUGUUUUUCCUUUUAGGUAGUUGCUUUUGCUAAACUUGACUGCUGUCCCUUUCCUUUUAGUAUCGUGUGUAUUUCUCUUCAAUUUCAUUUCCUCUCAGAUCAAUCUUCAACUCUUGCUCCAUGUACUGGUUGGCAGCAGGAUGUUAGCAUCUGUGUAGUCCUCAUUCGUUUCCUGGUAACCCAUGCGUUCAUUUUCACGGCUGACCUAAGCUCAGACCCUGCCUUGACCUGGUAGGAGUGGGUUUUCCCAAACCACAAUGCUGAUACAGCUUAUUUGAUGCAAACUAUACUUGCAGUGUUUCCUUUGUGACUCAAGGUUGAAUUAAAAUGCCUGUGAACUGCAAACUUGCUUAUGAUUGACUUGGUGCAAUACAGUUCCUUUCUAACCAUUUCUGGUUUAGAAACAUUCAGCCAUCCUAGAAACUAGCAAUAUUUAUUUAUGCCUCAUUUAUUUUACCUUCACUUUUAGAUGAGGUAACCUUAGUCUUUCACUUCUGGGUACUAAGCAAGGUCCAUUUUAGUGUAGCUGAGGAGAAUGCAUAUUUGGCUACACUAUUUCUGUUUACUGUAUUUUGCUUCCUAUUUAAUGUCUAAAUGCUAUUGUGUUUUUGUUUAAAAUCUUAAUGGCUCAGUUCCAGUAUGUCACUUUCAAAGAACUAAGGUUUUGCUACUAGUGUCAGCCAUUUACUCUCCCACUAAUUGGGAUCUUUUCCCCCUGAAAUGUUUUAGAAAAUCCUAGAAGAGGGUGGGUGCAUGUCUUAAUGCUGGGAAACAGCAAUUUUGGGGUUGAAUUUACUUGAAUGGAUUAAAAAUUGCAUUGUUACAGAGCUAGAAAAAAGUUUAUGUAUGAAAAAUAAUAGCCUUACACUGAGUACAAAUAAUACUUAAAAGCAUGUGAAGAUGUGAUCAUUUGUGAUGUUACUUGUAAAAAAGUAUAUAUACAUAUCUUUUGAAGUGUUGAAAGGAAAAUAGUACUUUAUAUUCUUUAUCAUAUCACUUUUUGUAAGUGUUGAAUAUAUUCCUGUUUAUUUUUCUAUGUUCUGUUUUGUAGCCUUAAGAAGUGUUUCAAACAUAUCUGAAUGUAUAAAAUAAGAGUAAAUGCCCUACAUGGUGUGAUGCUGCAUUAUAUAUAAAACUGUGUGCAUAUAUAUAAAA